AUGGCCCCACCAAGACUAGUCUUCCCCAUCACACCCAUCACAGGAGUUGUCCGACAUGACGAAGAGGAGAAUAUUGUUCCCCGCCACCCCGAUGCGCAGUCCGUGCCGAACGUGGAGGACGAGCUUAUUCUCAUACGAUCGGGACCAGAAUCAGUACCUACUUUGUCAAGACGAGACGAUGUACCACGAAUUAAUGGCUCAGAAGGAGCAUCCACAACCGCAAUCUUCAUUCUCCUCCGUAACCACGACCCAACACCCGCCGAACGUGCUUCCCGGCGUCGCGCCCACCCCUCCAUCCGUCGCCCCGGCGUGCCCCACUCCCUCCCCAUCGGUCUUUCCCACGACCGAACCCUCACCAACACCGGCGAAGACUACACCUACACCGAGAGACAGGAGCAAGGUUAUGGGCACACGAGGGACGCGGAGGGAAGUUUCGGAGGAUCGUUCACCGAGAAGUUAGGGAAUAUGUUCAGGAGUGUGGGGUUGAGCGGGAGGAGGAACGGGAGUGGAUGGGGCAGGGUGAACGCGGAUCAGGAUUGGGAUAGUGGGGACGAAGAUAUGGAUAUGCUCCAGCGACAACAGCAGGAUAGCAAUCACUUGCACCCGCAGUAUCAGUAUAAUCCACAAUCGAAACCUCAGCGCCCGUACCUCGACCGACAGAAGAGCGACCAAGUCGAGAUCAACGUCUCCAAGUUCGCGCAGCACCCAGAGUUCAUCGACGAUGACCGGACGACGCAGCACCAUCAUGUCGGACGGUCGGCUUCGCAUGUCACGCCCACGGAAGCGUACGGUACCCGCAACUUGGACUUAGACUCGCUACCAUCGACGCGGGCGAGUACACCUGGGCUCGCUGGGGGUACGCCAGGGCUCGCUGGAAGUACACCGGUUCUCGCUGGAAUAACGCCAGGGCACCCAAGAUACGCAGGCAGAGACGACAGAGAAAGAGAAAGAGACAGCACAUAUCUCACAUCACCCUCCGUCUACUCAACAUGGUCCUAUCGCGAUCCAUUCGAUGCCUCGUCGCAUCCCGCGCCUGGACCGAGCAUCGAGGGCCACAGGAUAUGGAGCAUCGCCGACUGGGAGUCGUGGUGUCGGGAGCGGAGAUUCUGGGCAGGGACAGGCGGGACAGGGCGGGACUUCGAAGCAUGA